AUGGGUUUUAAAGGAGAAGUGCCUGAGGUUGAAGAAAAGGAACAAAAGAAAAUCCUUAAAAUAAUCAAAAGGAGAGGUGUGGAGUGGAAGGAUGAGUUCAUCCCCCCAGUUGCCCUGGACAUAAGGCAUAACAGCAAGGGAUCAGGAGUCCUGGAAGCAUUGUCUCUUGCCCUCACCGGCUCAUACCUGCAUCUUCCUCUUCUCAAGGCUAAUAAUUUUAAUGAUAAACAAUCAAUCCAAGCCAAGCAAACCAGCAAAUACUUCUACUUCUUGGCUUCCAAUGGCGAUUGA